ACAGAAUAUGAAGCACGCCCUCUGUAACAAAUCAAUCAAACUCCUCGUCAAAUCUCGCAAUCCUAUCCCAGCUCGCUUUCUCGCUCUCCUUCUCCCUUUUGCACUCUAAUAGUAAAAUUUUUUUAAUAUAAGUAGGAGGAGCAGUAAUCGAUGGAUAAUAAUAGAUCAUCGUCUCCCUCUUUCGCUUGCGCGCAGUCUCUCCAAUCUCAAUUCCCCAAACCCAAACCCUAACCCUAACCCUAACGCUAACCCUGUUCCUAUUAUCGAAAAAACAAAGUUUCACAUGAAAUUUGAGUUAUCUCUCUCCCUCACUGGUUCCUCUCGUCGCAAACACUAGCUCUGUCUUCUUCUUUUUGAUUGAUAUAGAGCACGCUCAAGGUAAAUUGGGGUGUUCUUUCCACCAUGGACGGCUCUGUGGUGGAGGAUCUUGGGGCUCCGGAGUCGUAGGUGGCCGAUUUGGACGCCACCAUGAGCCGAUUGAUGCUCUCUUCUAACAAGGAACCCAAACCAGAAUUGCCUGAUGCUACUUCUUCUUCAGCUUCAGCUUCUGCUUCUUCGGCUGAGAAGGUGAUCGCCGAGGAUGCCAUUAACCAGGUUGAUCAGUUUCUCCGCGAGGCUAUCCAAAACCCCCGCGAGCGCCUUUCCAUCCUGAGGAUGGAGCAAGAUGUUGAAAAAUUUAUCCGUGAUCCUACUCAGCAGCAACUAGAGUUCCAGCAGCUGCCUACGUCAUAUUUGCGGUUGGCUGCACAUCGUGUGGCGCAGCAUUAUUCACUGCAGUCAAUGGUUUUAUUAGACAAUAAUUUGCCUGAUGGUUCUGGUUUUAGAAUCAUUGUCCGCAAGACUUCUGAAUGUAGGCUUCCUCCUAUUCGAUUGGCAGACAUCCCUGUGAAUUUACCAUCAGAAGACCCUGGUGUUGUAAAGGUGGCAAUUAAACAGAGGCCGCAGAAAAGGUCUCAGGUUUCCAGCUAUUCAAAUUCAAAUUCUUUGAAGACAAACAACAGCAAAAGUGUGGAAGAAAGAAAAGAGGAGUAUAACCGAGCUCGAGCGAGGAUAUUUAACUCUAAUAGCUCUAGCAGUGGUUCUGGCGGAAAACCAGAAAAUGAACUGAGGUUGCAGGAUGUUUCCUACUAUGGUUCCUCAGGGAUGCCAAAGAUGGAAGAGAAACCUGUUUCAGUGGUUUCUGACAUAAAUUCUAGUAGGGGUUUGAUCGAAUCCUCUACAAGUAGUAGUAGGUUGGCUAGAAGUAGGACAGAAAAGGAGCCAAUUGCUAGGAGCAAACCAAAUAAUAGGGUGGCAAUCUUUCGGGACCGUGAAACUGACCGCAAGGACCCUGAUUAUGACAGGAGUUAUGACAGGUACUUGCAAAGAUUUGAUCCUGGGUUUGGGUUCAAUAGUGGACCAUACACAAUGCAGCCUAUGUACACCCCUACAAUUAACUACAAUACUGAGUUUCCACAACUUGGAACUACUCACAGGCCACAGAUAUCUACUGAGCACCAACCUCGGGCUCUCCCACAUGUACCUGGGCCAUGGGCAGCACCAUCAACUGCUACAGGAAUUAGUUAUGGUCAUCCAGAAACAAUGAUGCCGCCUUUUAAUCCAAAUCAUGUUGGUGCACACUCCACAUCUGCCAUAUAUUUGCAUUCUUCUCAGUAUCCUUGUCAGCGUCCUGGAAUGCCUUUCAUCCACCCUCAUGAGCAUGUUCACCAGCCUUUUUCGCAGUCUCAUCAACAGCAACCUGAUGCUAGUUUUGGAUUAGCCCGGCCCCGGUGAGGGGCUUGGGCCAUGCCUGCACCCUGCUGGCUGAAAAUUGAUUUGAAAUAUGUUGGAUCAAUGCAGUCGCAAGUUAUCUCAGCUGGCAGGAGUGCAGGCACAGAGAACCGGGGUGAACUGGCUUGCUACAAUAUUUUGAUUGAUAGGCGUGUUGAUCCUCUCGACCACCCUCGGUUUAUCUUGGAGCUUCUUGUAUCUUUGGCAAAGGU